UAACCCUUUCUUUGUCCAACUUUUCUAAGAAGAAAAACAAUAUGAAGAUCUUCAAUUGGGUGCACAAGCGGUUCAAUCAUAAACCUCCAAAGGAUGGGUUUGCUUCAGACAUGAAAAAGAAUGAAGUUACAAUAAGCAAUGAUGAUAAUAAGGUUGUUGGGGAUAAUGAAGUAGCUUUGUUGAAACAAGUUGCACUUACUAACAUGCUUGGUGGUUGGAAAGAUGGGAUUCUAACCAUUGGAACACUUGGUUAUGAUCACAAAGAAUACUUUGGUUUGCAAGUUCAAGAUAAAAAAUUAUUAGGUGGUGAUGAAGGGUUAAAUAAAAAUAAUAAUAUUAAUAAUAAUAAUGUUUUUGAUGAUUAUGCUGAAAAUGAUGAUGAGGAAGUGAAUCCAUUGAUGCUCAACACAUUUGAACAUCACAACAAUAACUUUAAUGAUGAAGAAGAAGAAGAAGAAGAAGAAGAAGUUCUUGUUGGUGGUGGUGCAAACCAAAUUAUCAUUGAUGCUAAUUACAAUGUUAUCACCAAAGAAGAAGUGUUGAUGAACAAUGAAAUUGUUCUUGCUGAUGAAUCCAAUGAUGAUGAUGAUGAUGGAGAGAGUGAUGAUGUUGAUGAUGAUCAAAAGAAGAAGAUUGUGAGAGGGGAAAGGAUCACACUAGCUGAUCUAUUCUUGGCUGAUUCUGAAGUUAAGAAGAAAAUGAUGGGCCCCACAAAAAUCUUGGUUGAGUCAAAUGAUGAUGAAAAAUCAAACCUUAAAGUAAAGCAUGGAAAGUCUUUUGCAAAGAAGCUUCUUCCCAAUGUCAAGGAUAAUCCUCAACCAAUGAAAGAUAUCAAGAAACUCAUGAAGAAAAUGUUAAAGAGGAAAAUCCACCCGGAUUUCGAUGCCAAGAAUCAAAAACCAGAAAAGAAGGAAUCCAUUGAUGGUAAUCACACCAAGAAGAAGGAAGGCCGCAAGGCUUCACUAUAUUGUAUUCCAAUUUAA